AUUCUUCCAACUCUUCUUUUUAACUGUAAAAAAAAAAGAAAGCAUGAAAUCGAGACAGUUAAAACAAUGAUUUUUGAAUGGGGAUUCCGAUUGGCGGAAGUGUGCGGUGCCUGCCCACCUUUGUCGGGCCAUCACGCCACCACCUUAUCCUCUUUCCAUAAAUAUUCAUAAACAAAUCAAUCCUCUAUUUCUUUCCAUAUAUAGUAAAUUAUAAAUUAUAGAAUCCAUUAAAUGCGUGGGAGAUGUAGGGGUGUCAGCGCCCACUUGACAAAGGUUGGCCCCUCUUCAUUCUUGAUUUUUGAUUUUUGAUUUUCUCUCUAAGCUUUUGGGCCAACCCCCAAUCUUCUCCUCUCUGUCGUAAUUUUGGGGGCGAAAAUCUUGAAAAUGCUAAUGGAAGCCCUCUCCAAUGAUCGUCUUACCUUCGGGAAGAUGGGUUUUGGAUGCAAGCAUUACAGAAGGAGAUGCAAGGUUCGAGCCCCAUGCUGUAACGAAGUCUACGAUUGCCGCCACUGUCACAAUGAAUCCGUGAGCACUUGGCGUAACAUUCACGAUCGGCAUGAUUUAGUCCGUAGCGAUGUGAAAAACGUCAUUUGUUCUGUUUGCGACACCGAGCAACCCGUUGCUCGUGUUUGUACAAACUGCGGCGUCAAUAUGGGAGAAUACUUUUGCGCUGUCUGCAAAUUCUACGACGAUGAUAUUGAUAAAGGACAGUUUCAUUGCGAUGACUGUGGCAUCUGCAGGACUGGAGGUCGUGAGAACUUCUUCCACUGCAAGAAGUGCGGCUCUUGCUAUUCAAUUGGUUUGAGAAACAAUCACCUGUGUGUGGAGAAUUCCAUGCGGCAUCACUGUCCUAUUUGUUACGAGUAUCUAUUCGACUCUCUGAAAGACACAACGGUUAUGAAAUGUGGACACACCAUGCAUUGUGAAUGUUAUCACGAGCUGAUAAAGCGUGAGAAGUACUGUUGUCCAAUAUGCUCAAAGUCGAUCAUGGACAUGUCCAGAACCUGGAAAAGAAUCGACGAGGAAAUUGAAUCAACAGUCAUGCCAGAGGAAUACAGAUAUAAAAAGGUGUGGAUUCUGUGCAACGACUGUAACGACACUACCGAAGUAUACUUCCACAUAAUUGGUCAGAAAUGCAGUCACUGUGAAUCGUAUAAUACUCGAACAAUCGCCCCACCAGUUCUUCCUCAAUGAUUUUUUUUUUGGCCACAAUUUAUCAGUGUUUGGUGCACCAGAAAAUCUGGUGCCACAAGCCCGAAACUACGAUCGUCGAUUUCUUAUCUUCUCUAUUUUAAUCCAUUGGAUUAUUAUUAUUACAAUUUAAAAGCAGUGAAAUGUUAUAAAUUGUGGCUUUGAAAUUCCUCUUAGGGGAGAACAUUGAAUGAUUGAUGAACCUAACUUAUUUGUUGUGUUAUUUUGUGCUAUAAGUGGGACACUUUCAAAA